ACAGAGCAUUACACUUUGUCUGUCCAGUUCGCAAUUGAUCUGAUUGACGAUAACUGGCUGUCGUUGUUGCGAUGGCUGCGGUUGGAAGGUGCUGGGAGGGGCGCGGAGUCACUGCUGUGACGGCCCGGACGGCGCAUUCUGGCGUAGAUCUCAGUACUUCGCUUACAUAAAAACGAGGGGUUAGUAGGAGGAGGGGAAAUCAGGGGCAUCUGGUGCGCGACAAGCGUUUCAAGCUCAACGUCGAUAAUCGUAUUUAUUGUUGUUCAUCUGCCUCUUCAUCUUUCCGCGUCUUCCUCCUCCUGCCUCCCCUUCUUCUCUUCCGCCUUCUAGCGUUCGUUUGAAAUCAUGAGCGCGGCUGCCCUUCCCAGGCUUCCCGUCAGCACAUUGCCCGCUGCAGAUAGCCCAAGCGAUACGAUCAGUGACAAGAAUGCUGUUUCUGCAAAUGCUCCAGAAACGAGAGAAAGUCCUGAUAUAGACUCAAAGACCGCAACGAAGAACGACCAAUCGACGCCCGACACGCCCAAUACGCAAGCCAAACGUCGUCCGCCUAGCUUGAUCAUUGACAAAUCUUUCACUUCCUCUCGAUCCUUGGCCGCAAGCAACCUCUCGUCGAACGAUUCUUCCAAUGGCUCGCAAAAGACAUCGCCGUCUAGUUCUAGCAAUGUUUCAAACAGCGCCGCCAACAAGACCGCGAAGUCAGCCAGAGAAAUAAUCCAAGGCCUGGCUCUCCACUGCGUCUCCCCGGGAUUGCCGCCGAUGAACAAUGAAAUGGUCGAGAAUAUAAUCAAAUGCAAAGAAAUUGAAAAACAGCAGCGCUUGCUGAUUGCCCUGCGUCAGAAAUCGGUUGAUAAUGGUUCUACUUUGUCGCGCUCUCGUCCUGGCGAGGGCUAUGAUGACAAUAUGCUGCGGGUACCUGGCCAAACUCCGGGAGUUGGGUCAGAAAUGAACGAAAAUCAGUCCCCGCGUUUCAGUAAGGCCCGGAGAUUGAAUCCUGAGGUUCAAAUCGAUCAUGAGAGAAAUGCUGGGAAGCGCGGGAGCGUGCCUUCAAGAAUUAAAGUCAUGGCACCUGCUCAGUACCGAGAGGCGGGCUAUGAGCGAGCGAUCCAGUCAGCCCCCCUCACCCAUUCAAUGAGACCUGAUCCUUCUGAGUACAUGCAACGACCAGAAAUGAAGCAGCCGGUCCACCAGCGUUUGGCGCGUGCCCAAGGUUCGAUGUUAUCUCCUAGUGCCUUGCACUUUCGAAAACCUCCAAUGCGAUCUCGGGUAGUCGACGACAGUAUGGUUUAUGUACCUCAUGAAAGAUCGAGUUACGCCCAUGCCGGUGUUGACGCGCAAUAUGAAUCGAGAGCCAGCAGUGUUCCCAACGGCAAUCAACAGAUCCCGAAGCGCAAUUUAGCGCGUCAUCAUUCAAUGGCGGAGUCCGAACCUGAUAUCGCGGAAUAUGAUGAACACGAGUCCUAUUCACAUUCUAGACCAUCUCAGGGAGUCAAAAGAAGCUAUGAUCAGGCAACUGGUCAUAGCGAUCCCCGACGAUCCACUGAUAAUUCAUAUCGACGACGAAGGUUUCUGGAGCUAUGUUCGGAAAUGUGGGAUCUCUUCCAUGAGGCAUGAGCGGUCAGGGCCAUGGUUUAUCUCUUCAUCAAUGUGUGGGAUCUUAUUCAUGAAGUAUGAGGAGCUAAGGAGCAUUUUCGAUUUUGUCAUUGGAGUUUGUGUGUAUUUGUGUUUCAUUCCAUUAUAUCCUUACUUUGUCCAUGAGCUUGUACUGUCAAUUAUACUGUUUUCUACUAGAUAAUUUGGAUUCAUAUCACAAUGCAUUAUUGUUGAGAGGCGCUGCAUGGCUCUCCAAUAUUAUAUGAGCUGAAGAAAUAUGUGCCACAUAUGUGCAUAUUGAAUUUGGAAAGGUCUUAGUAGCCAAGCAGCGCCCAUACGAACCUUAGUAAAGAGUAUUCUCAGAUCUGUACCCAUUUUCAGAUCUAGGUUGGAAAGGUCACAGAACCC